UUGGAGGUAAACUUGAGCCCGAAUCGACGCAAGAAAGUUUUACCAUUAGAGCCUCUAAGUUCAUCUACACCGUUUGCUGGUUCUUCUUUUGCGGGAGAAGGAAGUAAAACGACUGGAUCUGCUCUGAAUCGGACUUUCAUUUCAUCGAUUUUGAAUGCAACAACUCAGAAUAGUUUUUCCCGCUCUUACGCGUUCCUUUUUUUGUGUAGUUUCACGCUGUUCCAGCUCCGCGCCCAGAGGGAUCUUCUGUUAGCGCGUGAACGUGAGGUGAUGUUACAGCGCGAGGUGCAACGCAUAAACGACCUUCAUCUUGCUAAUAGGACUUGUUUUCCAGCCAGAAGCAAAAGUCAUGGUUGUCUCAACAUUUACUCGGUUACGGUUUACUUGAACAGGAACUUCUGUUUGCACGACUCCUACGCAUUCCUUGUUCUCAUGAAAACCAACGAGGCAGUUGAAGCUACGGACUUAUAUUUACUGAUGGACAGCAGAGCAAUGAGAGUCAGCUCAAUCAAUUUUAGCGAUCAAAUCCGCUUUGAAAACCUUCCCGCAGACUUCUGUGUUAAGUUGGAGGUUUACGCUUUGGUUAGUAAAUUUGAAGGUUUUUUACCAAAUCAUUUGAGUAAUUUCGCUUAUAAAGCAAAGCUGCUGCUAAGUCCACGGAAUGCCAAUGACUCACUUGUUGGGACUACUGAUUUUGUUCGAUGCGGCUGUGCCUGUAUAUUGAGAGACAUGGUUGGGAUACAUAAAAUGUAUCUGGAUGGGGCUGAGUAUCCUCUGGAAGGCACAAUUGAAGUGGAUUCUGUUUUUAACAUCAGUCCCCAUGUUGUUUCUGUUGAUUACAGCGGUUUUUUGACGAUGUAUGAAGUAAUUGCUGGUUUUGGAUCUUGGACGCGAUAUUGGGCGGUACUACGGCAGGGCAUUGUUACUUUCUGGAGAGACCCGAAUGACGAAGCUGCUGGAAAGGUCCUCUUACUUUGUUGUAAACUUUGUUUGAGACUAAGCAUGUGUAGGAUUCUAUUGUUACUUUGCUUGUUUACUGUGGUGCUGAUGCUAGUUUUCAGGAUUCUUCUCUCGGCAGAUUGCAAAGAAUUAUGUGAAGGCUGGAUGCAAGCGUUAAAUAGGACUUUGCGGACGACACGGUUUUAA